AUGCAUUACCAAAGCUUCAAAUUGGCUGCUAUCUUCGCUGCCCUUCUUCCUUCAGGCCUCGGAGCCGUCAUAGCCCCUCUCUCCGAACAUGACAUACAAUGGGAAACAACCACCGAGGACAUCGACAUCACGCAACAGCCUCCCUUCGAAUCCAAGCCCCAAUACCGCUUUUCCGACUCAUCAGGUGCGAUAGAGAAGCGAAGUGGGGUCGGUCAGGCCGUUUGCUCAAAAAUAUGGUGGAAACCGCAGUCUGGAGAACCCGAAGAUGGCUGGUAUUUCCAUGAGGCCUGGUGCGACCGGAGCGGCAACAAGAAUCAAAAUACGUUCCGGGUCGACUGUUUUGGGGGGCGAAACGACAUCGAAACACUUCCCCGAAGAAAAGGAUCGUGUGGCAUAGGAGAGUAUUGUAUGGACGUUGCAAAAGGCGCCGACAUCAGGGGAAACCGUGCCCACGAUAUUGCUUGUGUCAAGAAGGAAAACGUCCAUACAUGGGUCGCCGGCGCCCUGGCGAACCGGGUUCCCGACUCACCCAUCUGCAGUGGCCGAUGGACCAACGGAGGCACCGUCAACGCCAGGGCAACUUUUGAUGUGGAUGUUUUGGACUCUGAUGGAAUCCACGAAGCCAUCUCAGAGAGGAUUUCCUUUCUACUCAACAAAAGACCCAAACCUAUAAUUACAAUCUCCAUCUCUAUCAGUGUCAUCUCUGAAAACUCUUUGCAGUAA